AUGGUUUCAUUCGGAAGGUUCUUGUUAAGUUAUAUAUAUUGCAGCCCACUGGGGAAAAGUGGCAUAUUAACUUCUCUCUUCUUCAGCUGGACUACACCAAUUUUGAGGAAAGGGUACAGGCAGCGCCUGGAACUCUCAGACAUAUACCAAAUCCCCUCUGCUGAUUCUGCGGAUAAUCUGUCUGAAAAGUUGGAAAGAGAAUGGGACAGAGAGCUGGCUUCCAAAAAAAAUCCCAAACUAAUUAAUGCCCUUCGACGAUGCUUUUUCUGGAAAUUUAUGUUCUAUGGAAUCUUAUUAUAUUUAGGGGAAGUGACCAAAGCAGUCCAGCCACUCUUACUCGGAAGAAUCAUAGCUUCCUACGAUCCAGAUAACACUGCGGAACGCUCUAUUGCCAUUUAUCUAGGCAUAGGCUUAUGCCUUCUCUUUAUCGUGAGAACACUGCUCCUGCAUCCAGCCAUUUUUGGCCUUCAUCACAUUGGAAUGAAAAUGAGAAUAGCUAUGUUCAGUUUAAUUUAUAAGAAGACUUUAAAGCUAUCAAGUAGAGUUCUAGAUAAAAUAAGCACUGGACAACUUAUUAGUCUUCUUUCUAACAACCUCAACAAAUUUGAUGAAGGACUUGCCUUGGCACAUUUUGUGUGGAUUGCUCCUUUACAAGUGACACUUCUAAUGGGGCUACUCUGGGAGUUGUUACAGGCCUCUGCCUUCUGUGGACUUGCUGUUCUGAUAGUUCUAGCCCUUUUCCAAUCUGGCUUAGGAAGAAUGAUGAUGAAAUACAGAGAUAAGAGAGCUGGAAAGAUCAAUGAAAGGCUUGUAAUCACCUCGGAAAUGAUUGAAAAUAUACAGUCUGUUAAGGCAUACUGUUGGGAGGAAGCAAUGGAAAAAAUAAUUGAAAACCUCAGACAAACAGAACUGAAACUGACCCGGAAGGCAGCCUAUGUGAGAUACUUCAAUAGCUCAGCUUUCUUCUUCUCAGGCUUUUUCGUAGUGUUUUUGUCCGUGCUUCCCUACGCGUUGCUCAAAGGCAUUAUCCUUCGAAAAAUAUUCACCACCAUCUCAUUCUGCAUUGUUCUGCGCAUGACAGUCACACGGCAGUUUCCUUGGGCUGUGCAAACAUGGUACGACUCUCUUGGAGCCAUCAACAAAAUACAGGAUUUCUUGCAAAAGCAAGAGUAUAAGACAUUGGAGUAUAACUUAACAACUACAGAAGUAGAGAUGGAGAAUGCAACAGCUUACUGGGAAGAGGGACUUGGGGGAUUAUUUGAAAAAGCAAAAGAAAAUAAUAAUAAUAAUGAUAGUGGCAUUUCCAAUGAUGAUAACAGCCUCUUCUUCAGCAACUUUUCACUUCUUGGUACUCCUGUCCUGAAAGAUAUCAAUUUUAAAAUAGAAAGAGGACAAUUGUUGGCAGUUGCAGGAUCUACUGGAGCGGGCAAGACCUCUCUUCUAAUGAUGAUUAUGGGAGAACUGGAGCCUUCAGAAGGUAAAAUUAAGCACAGUGGAAGAAUUUCAUUCUGCCCUCAGUUUUCCUGGAUCAUGCCUGGAACUAUAAAAGAAAAUAUCAUCUUUGGUGUUUCCUAUGAUGAAUACAGAUAUAAGAGUGUCAUCAAAGCAUGUCAAUUAGAAGAGGACAUCUCCAAAUUUGCUGAGAAAGACAACAUAGUUCUUGGAGAAGGUGGAAUCACCCUGAGUGGAGGUCAGCGAGCCAGAAUUUCUUUAGCAAGAGCAGUAUACAAAGAUGCUGAUCUGUACCUAUUGGACUCUCCUUUUGGUUACCUAGAUGUUUUAACAGAAAAAGAAAUAUUUGAAAGCUGUGUCUGUAAAUUGAUGGCUAACAAAACUAGGAUUUUGGUCACUUCUAAAAUGGAGCAUUUAAAGAAAGCCGACAAAAUAUUAAUUUUACAUGAAGGGAGCAGCUAUUUUUAUGGAACGUUUUCUGAACUGCAAAACCUGCGGCCAGACUUCAGCUCAAAGCUCAUGGGAUAUGAUUCUUUUGAUCAGUUUAGUGCAGAAAGAAGAAAUUCCAUCCUAACGGAGACUUUGCGGCGUUUCUCGCUGGAAGGGGAUGCUGCCGUCUCCUGGAAUGAAGCCAGAAAGCAAUCUUUUAAACAGACGGGGGAGUUUGGUGAAAAAAGGAAGAACUCUGUUCUCAAUCCAAUCAACUCUCUGCGCAAGUUUUCGAUUGCUCAAAAGGCGCCGUUGCAAAUGAACGGUAUUGAAGAAGACUCGGAGGGGUCUUCAGAAAGAAGACUGUCCCUGAUUCCCGAUUCUGAGCAGGGGGAGGCCAUCCUUCCUCGGAGCAAUGUCUUCAACACUGGUCCCAUGCUCCAGGGCCGCAGGAGGCAGUCUGUUCUGAACCUGAUGACGCACUCCGCGGGGAACCAAGGUUCAAAUAUCCACCGAAGGGCCACAGCAGCUGCUCGAAAGAUGUCCCUGGCCCCCCAGGCGAACUUCACCGAGAUGGAUAUAUACUCAAGAAGGUUAUCUCAAGACAGCAUCUUGGAAAUUAGCGAAGAAAUCAAUGAGGAAGACCUAAAGGACUGUUUUUUUGAUGAUGUGGACAACAUGCCAACAGUGACCACGUGGAACACAUACCUUCGAUAUAUUACUGUUCAUAAGAAUUUAAUUUUGGUGCUAAUUUGGUGUUUAGUUAUUUUUCUCGCUGAGGUGGCUCUGUCUCUGGUGGUGCUCUGGCUAUUUGAACCGAAUCCUACUCCAGACAAAGGGAAUAGUACUGAGAUUUCAAAUAGCACCUAUGCCGUGAUCAUCACUGACACCAGCAAAUUUUAUAUUAUUUACAUUUAUGUGGGAGUCGCUGACACUUUGCUUGCUCUGGGGAUUUUCAGAGGUCUGCCACUGGUACACACUCUGAUCACAGUGUCAAAAAUAUUACACCACAAAAUGCUGCAUUCUGUUCUUCAUGCACCUAUGUCAACCCUCAACGCACUGAAAGCAGGUGGGAUUCUUAAUAGAUUCUCCAAAGAUAUAGCAAUUUUGGAUGAUCUUCUGCCUCUUACCAUAUUUGACUUCAUUCAGUUGGUUUUAAUUGUGAUCGGAGCUGUGACAGUGGUCUCGGUUUUACAACCCUACAUCUUCCUAGCAACAGUGCCAGUGAUAGCUGCUUUUAUUUUAUUGAGAGCCUACUUCCUCCACACCUCACAGCAGCUCAAACAACUAGAGUCUGAAGGCAGAACUCCAAUUUUCACUCAUCUUGUUACAAGCUUAAAAGGACUGUGGACACUUCGUGCUUUUGGGCGACAGCCUUACUUUGAAACUCUGUUCCAUAAAGCGCUAAACUUACAUACAGCCAACUGGUUUUUGUACCUAUCAACUUUGCGCUGGUUCCAAAUGAGGAUAGAAAUUAUUUUUGUCCUCUUCUUCAUUGCCGUUACCUUCAUUUCCAUUUUAACAACAGGUGAAGGACAAGGACAAAUUGGUAUUGUACUAACUUUAGCCAUGAAUAUUAUGAAUACAUUGCAGUGGGCUGUCAAUUCCAGCAUAGAUGUGGAUAGCUUGAUGCGAUCUGUGAGCCGAGUCUUCAAAUUUAUUGAUAUGCCAACAGAAGAAAGUAAACCUACCAAGGCAGUCAAGCCAUCCAAGGGUGGUCCACUCUCAGAAGUUAUGAUUAUUGAGAAUCAACAUGCAAAAAAAGGGGAUAUCUGGCCCUCAGGUGGCCAAAUGACCAUCAAAGACCUCACUGCAAAAUAUAUAGAUGGAGGGAAUGCCAUACUAGAGAACAUCUCCUUCUCUAUAAGUCCAGGCCAGAGGGUGGGUCUUUUGGGAAGAACUGGGUCAGGGAAGAGUACUUUGUUAUCGGCUCUUUUGAGACUCCUGAAUACGGAAGGAGAAAUCCAAAUUGAUGGUGUGUCUUGGGAUUCAAUAACUGUGCAACAGUGGAGGAAAGCCUUUGGAGUCAUACCACAGAAAGUAUUUAUAUUUAAUGGAACGUUUAGAAAAAACCUGGAUCCCUAUGAUCAGUGGAAUGAUCAAGAAAUCUGGAAAGUUACAGAAGAGGUUGGACUCAAAUCUGUGAUAGAGCAAUUUCCUGGAAAACUUGACUUUGUUCUUGUGGAUGGGGGUUAUGUCCUAAGUCAUGGUCACAAGCAAUUGAUGUGCUUGGCCAGGUCUGUUCUCAGUAAAGCAAAGAUCUUGCUGCUUGAUGAACCCAGUGCGCAUUUGGAUCCAAUAACAUAUCAAAUCAUUCGAAGAACUCUAAAGCAAGCAUUUGCUGAUUGCACAGUAAUCCUCUGUGAGCACAGGAUAGAGGCAAUGUUGGAAUGCCAACGAUUUUUAGUCAUAGAGGAGAACAAAGUGCGGCAGUAUGACUCCAUCCAGAAGCUGUUGAGUGAGAAGAGCCUCUUCCGCCAGGCCAUCAGCUCCUCUGACCGGUUGAAGCUCUUCCCACACCGAAAUUCCAGCAAGUACAAAUCCCGAUCCAAAAUCACUGCCCUCAAGGAGGAGACGGAAGAAGAGGUGCAAGAAACACGGCUUUAAAAGGCAGUCCAAGUGUUGGUAUGGGACACUCAUUCAAGGACUUGAAAGAAAACAACAGUUUUCACCUCAGACAACAAGAAUAAAUAUUAUGUUUAAAGGAAAAAAAUUGAAUAAGAGGGAUUAAGGACACACCCUUCGAUCAAGAAAAGUGGCUUUCUGGCGAUGGUUAAAUUACGUGAAAGGUGCUUGAGAUCCUGGAAGAUUUGCAAGCCAGAAUAAUCCUUUCCCUUUGGUAGAGUCUGGGAAAGUGGCUAUAAAUGUUAACUAGAUUAAUUCUGCAACUUCUUGUUUAGGGGAACAUAAAUAUGUAUGAUUGGAGAACUGUAUUCAUUUCUACUUAAGAGAUAUGAUUAAGUAAUGGUAACUGGAAACUUUACUCACUUGUAUAAGCCUGUAUCCCUUUUUCUCCUCUUUCUCCAAGAUACCUAAAAGCACAACCAUAUACUUUCAUAGGCAUUUAGACUGUCCUCUUCCCAAACAAAUGUAAGAAACAAGUGAGAGUCACAGAUGGCCCAGCAAAAUAUGCACCAACCAACAUCUGGCGACCAAUCAAGAGAGAGAACUUCCUGAUCCUAGAAAUCAGGGUUCAUGCCAUUCCGUUCUACUCAAAAUACUGAUCGGGAUAAGGAGAAUAUAUUUCCCUACCUAGGAGAAGAGCAGUUUCAAUCUCGUGUAGGAGACAGAAGCUUACCCUUGAUAAUGGAUGUUUUCUUCAGCUUCCAAGAAAGUAAUAAAUUCAUUAGCGCUCUUAACUGAAAAUCAUUCUUAUCUAGAUUCUCUGGUAAAGCAUAUGUGGACAGGUAAACUCUUGCUGCGGCAGAGAUAGUUACAUGAAAUCCAAAGAUCUAGGUAUAUCAAGGGUGAUCUGUUUUUUCCAGGAUUGAUAUUGCACUUCAGACUGUAUGUAUGACCAGGAGAGAUCAUGAGCAACAGACUGAAAAGAUUCGAUCAUGAAUUAGUUUUAUAUGCUCUCUUUUAUAAUUUUGUGAUGCAAAUGAAAUUUUCUCUAGAAAAUAUUUAUUUUAAUAAUAUUUCAAACUCAUCUAUAAAUGGUUGUAUUUUAAGAGUGAUUAUAUCAUGAAUUAUAUUUGUAUAAAAGAAUUUUUAUAUUUGAAAUGUUCACUUUUUAUGGCACUAGUUAUUUUUAUGAUAGAUUAAAA